CCGCCCGCCCGCCGCGCCGCCCGCCCGCCGCUCUCCGCGGCCCCGCCGCGCUGCCGCCGCCGCCGCCGCUGCCAGCGAAGGUGCCGGGGCGCCGGGCCCUCCCCGCCGGCGGCCGUCAGCGCUCGGAGCGGGCUGCGCGGCAGGAGCUCCGGGAGGCGGCCGCCGCCAGCGCCGCCGCGCAGGACCAGGAGGAGGAGAAAGGGUGCGCAGCCCGGAGGCGGGGUGCGCCGGUGGGGUGCAGCGGAAGAGGGGGUCCAGGGGGGAGAACUUCGUAGCAGUCAUCCUUUUUAGGAAAAGAGGGAAAAAAUAAAACCCUCCGCCACCACCUCCUUCUCCCCACCCCUCGCCGCACCACACACAGCGCGGGCUUCUAGCUCUCGGCACCGGCGGGCCAGGAGCGUCCUGCCUUCAUUUAUCCAGCAGCUUUUCGGAAAAUGCAUUUGCUGUUCGGAGUUUAAUCAGAAGAGGAUUCCUGCCCCCGUCCCCGGCUCCUUCAUCGUCCCCUCUCCCCUGUCUCUCUCCUGGGGAGGCGUGAAGCGGUCCAGUGGAUAGAGAUUCAUGCCUGUGCCCGCGCGUGUGUGCGCGCGUGUAAAUUGCCGAGAAGGGGAAAACAUCACAGGACUUCUGCGAAUACCGGACUGAAAAUUGUAAUUCAUCUGCCGCCGCCGCUGCCUUUUUUUCUCUCGAGCUCUUGAGAUCUCCGGUUGGGAUUCCUGCGGAUUGACAUUUCUGUGAGGCAGAAGUCUGGGAAUCGAUCUGGAAAUCUUCCUAAUUUUUACUCCCUCUCCCCCCGACUCCUGAUUCAUUGGGAAGUUUCAAAGCAGCUAUAACCGGAGAGUGCUGAAGAUUGAUGGGAUCGUUGCCUUAUGCAUUUGUUUUGGUUUUAAAAAAAGGAAACUUGACAGAGGAUCAUGCUGUUCUUAAAAUAUACAACAUCACGGAGGAAGUAGACUGAUAUUAACAGUACUUGCUAGUAAUAACGUGCCUCAUGAAAUAAAGAUCCGAAAGGAAUUGGAAUAAAAAUUUCCUGCUUCUCAUGCCAAGGGGGAAACACCAGAAUCAAGUGUUCCGCGUGACUGAAGACACCCCCUCGUCCAAGAAUGCAAAGCACAUCCAAUAAAAUAGCUGGAUUAUAACUCCUUUCUUUGGGGGCCGUGGGGUGGGAGCUGGGGCGAGAGGUGCCAUUGGCCCCCGCUGCUUUUCCUCUGGGAAGGAUGGCGCACGCUGGGAGAACAGGGUACGAUAACCGGGAGAUAGUGAUGAAGUACAUCCAUUAUAAGCUGUCGCAGAGGGGCUACGAGUGGGAUGCGGGAGAUGUGGGCGCCGCGCCCCUGGGGGCCGCCCCCGCACCGGGCAUCUUCUCCUCCCAGCCGGGGCACACGCCCCAUCCAGCCGCAUCCCGGGACCCGGUCGCCAGGACCUCGCCGCUGCCGACCCCGGCUGCCCCCGGCGCCGCCGCGGGGCCUGCGCUCAGCCCGGUGCCACCUGUGGUCCACCUGACCCUCCGCCAGGCCGGCGACGACUUCUCCCGCCGCUACCGCCGCGACUUCGCCGAGAUGUCUAGCCAGCUGCACCUGACGCCCUUCACCGCGCGGGGACGCUUUGCCACGGUGGUGGAGGAGCUCUUCAGGGACGGGGUGAACUGGGGGAGGAUUGUGGCCUUCUUUGAGUUCGGUGGGGUCAUGUGUGUGGAGAGCGUCAACCGGGAGAUGUCGCCCCUGGUGGACAACAUCGCCCUGUGGAUGACUGAGUACCUGAACCGGCACCUGCACACCUGGAUCCAGGAUAACGGAGGCUGGGAUGCCUUUGUGGAACUGUACGGCCCCAGCAUGCGGCCUCUGUUUGAUUUCUCCUGGCUGUCUCUGAAGACUCUGCUCAGUUUGGCCCUGGUGGGAGCUUGCAUCACCCUGGGUGCCUAUCUGGGCCACAAGUGAAGUCAACACGCCUGCCCCAAACAAAUAUGCAAAAGGUUCACUAAAGCAGUAGAAAUAAUAUGCAUUGUCAGUGAUGUACCAUGAAACAAAGCUGCAGGCUGUUUAAGAAAAAAUAACACACAUAUAAACAUCACACACACAGACAGACACACACACACAAUUAACAGUUUUCAGGCAAAAUGUCGAAUCAGCUAUUUACUGCCAAAGGGAAAUAUCGUUUAUUUUUUACAUUAUUAAGAAAAAAAGAUUUAUUUAUUUAAGACAGUCCCAUCAAAACUCCUGUCUUUGGAAAUCCGACCACUAAUUGCCAAGCACCGCUUCGUGUGGCUCCACCUGGAUGUGCUGUGCCUGUAAACACAGAUUCGCUUUCCAUGUUGUUGGCCGGACUAACUCACCAUCUGAAGAGCAGAUGGGUGGAAAAAGGACCUGAUCACUGAGGAAGCUGGCUUUCUGGCUGCUGGAGGCUGGGGAGAAGGGGUUCAUUCACUUGCAUUUCUUUGCCCUGGGGGCUGUGAUACUAACAGAGGGAGGGUUCCUGGGGGGGAAGUCCAGCCUCCCUGGCCUGAAGAAGAGACUCUUUGCAUAUGACUCACAUGAUGCAUACCUGGUGGGCGGAAAAGAGUUGGGACUUCAGAUGGACCUAGUACCCGCUGAGAUUUCCACGCCGAAGGACAGCGAUGGGAAAAAUGCCCUUAAAUCAUAGGAAAGUAUUUUUUUAAGCUACCAAUUGUGCCGAGAAGCAUUUUAGCAAUUUAUACAAUAUCAUCCAGUACCUUAAGCCCUGAUUGUGUAUAUUCAUAUAUUUUGGAUAUGCACCCCCCAACUCCCAAUACUGGCUCUGUCUGAGUAGGAAACAGAAUCCUCUGGAACUUGAGGAAGUGAACAUUUCAGUGACUUCGGCAUCAGGAAGGCUAGAGUUACCCAGAGCAUCAGGCCGCCACAAGUGCCUGCUUUUAGGAGACCGAAGUCCGCAGAACCUGCCUGUGUCCCAGCUUGAAGGCCUGGUCCUGGAACUGAGCCUGGGCCCUCACUGGCCUCCUCCAGGGGUGAUCAACAGGGCAGUGUGGUCUCCGAAUGUCUGGAAGCUGAUGGAGCUCAGAAUUCCACUGUCAAGAAACAGCAAUAGAGGGGCGCGGCUGGGCCUGUCACCCUGGGGCCCUCCAGGUAGGCCCGUUUGCACGUGGAGCAUGGGAGCCACGACCCUUCUUAAGACAUGUAUCACUGUAGAGGGAAGGAACAGAGGCCCUGGGCCCUUCCUAGCAGAAGGACAUGGUGAAGGCUGGAAACGUGAGGAGAGGCAAUGGCCACGGCCCAUUUUGGCCGUAGCACAUGGCACGUUGGCUGUGUGGCCUUGGCCCACCUGUCAGUUUAAAGCAAGGCUUUAAAUGACUUUGGAGAGGGUCAUAAAUCCUAAAGGAAGGAUUGAAUUGAGGUGUCAUGGAUUAAUUGACCUCUGUCUAUGGAAUUACAUGUAAAACAUUAUCUUGUCACUGUAGUUUGGUUUUAUUUGAAAACCUGACAGAAAAAAAAAAGUUCCAGGUGUGGAAUAUGGGGGUUAUCUGUAUAUCCUGGGGCAUUUAAAAAAAAUCAAUGGUGGGAAACUAUAAAGAAGUAGCAAAAGAAGUGACAUCUUCAACACAUAAACUAGAAAAUUUUUUUUCUUCCAGUUUAGAAUCAGCCUUGAGACACUGAUGGAAUAACUCUGUGGCAUUAUUGCAUUAUAUACAUACAUUUAUCUGUAUUAACUUUGGAAUGUACUCUGUUCAAUGUUUAAUGCUGUGGUUGAUAUUUCGAAAGCUGCUUUAAAAAAAUACAUGCAUCUCAGCGUUUUUUUUAAAAUUGUAUUUAGUUAUGGCCUAUACACUAUUUGUGAGCAAAAGUGAUCAUUUUCUGUUUGAGAUUUUCGUCUCUUGAUUCUUCAAAAGCAUUUCUGAGAAGGUGAGAUAAGCCCUGAGUCUCAGCUACUUAAGAAAAACCUGGAUGUCACUGGCCACUGAGGAGCUUUGUUUCAACCAAGUCAUGUGCAUUUUCAUGUCAACAGAAUUGUUGAUUGUGACAGAUAUAUCUGUUGUCCCUUUGACCUUGUUUCUUGGGCAAUUCCGCAUAUAAUUCAUGUUAUUCAGGAUUACAUGCAUGUUUGGUUAAACCCAUGAGAUUCAUUCAGUUAAAAAUCCAGAUGGGGAAUGACCAGCAGAUUCAAAUCUAUGGUGGUUUGACCUUUAGUGAGUUGCUUUACGUGGCCUGUUUCAACACAGACCCACCCAGAGCCCUCCUGCCCUCCUUCCGCGGGGGCUUUCUCACGGCUGUCCUUCAGGGUCUUCCUGAAAUGCAGUGGUGCUUACGCUCCACCAAGAAAGCAGGAAACCUGUGGUAUGAAGCCAGACCUCCCCGGCGGGCCUCAGGGAACAGAAUGAUCAGACCUUUGAAUGAUUCUAAUUUUUAAGCAAAAUAUUAUUUUAUGAAAGGUUUACAUUGUCAAAGUGAUGAAUAUGGAAUAUCCAAUCCUGUGCUGCUAUCCUGCCAAAAUCAUUUUAAUGGAGUCAGUUUGCAGUAUGCUCCACGUGGUAAGAUCCUCCAAGCUGCUUUAGAAGUAACAAUGAAGAACAUGGACAUUUUUAAUAUAAAGCCUGUUUUGUCUUUUGUUGUUGUUCAAACGGGAUUCACAGAGUAUUUGAAAAAUGUAUAUAUAUUAAGAGGUCAUGGGGGCUAAUUGCUGGCUGGCUGCCUUUUACUGUGGGGUUUUGUUACCUGGUUUUAAUAACAGUAAAUGUGCCCAGCCUCUUGGCCCUAGAACUGUACAGUAUUGUGGCUGCACUUGCUCUAAGAGUAGUUGAUGUUGCAUUUUCCUUAUUGUUAAAAACAUGUUAGAAGCAAUGAAUGUAUAUAAAAGCCUCAACUAGUCAUUUUUUUCUCCUCUUCUUUUUUGUCAUUAUAUCUAAUUAUUUUGCAGUCGGGCAACAGAGAACCAUCCCUAUUUUGUGUUGAAGAGGGAUUCACAUCUGCAUCUUAACUGCUUUUUAUGAAUGAAAAAACAGUCCUCUUUAUGUACUCCUCUUUACACUGGCCAGGGUCAGAGUUAAAUAGAAUAUACGCACUUUCCAAAUUGGGGACAAGGGCUCUAAAAAAAGCUCCAAAAGGAGAAGAACAUCCGAGAACCUCCUCGGCCCUCCCAGUCCCUCGAUGCACAAAUACUCCGAAAGAGAGGCCAGAACGACAGCUGACAGGGUCUAUGGCCAUCGGGUCGUCUCCGAAGAUUUUACAGGGGCAGAAAAUUCUGGCAGGCUUAAGAUUUGGAUUAAAGUCACAGAAUUAAGGAAGCACCUUGAUUUAGUUCAAACAAGAAGCCAAUAUUCUCUCCACAGCUCACUUACCUCUCUGUGUUCAGAUGUGGCCUUCCAUUUAUAUGUGAUCUUUGUUUUAUUAGUAAAUGCUUAUCAUCUAAAGGUGUAGUUCUGGCCCAGUGGGAAAAAUUAGGAAGUGAUUAGAAAUCGAGAGGAGUUAUAAUAAUCAAGAUUAAAUGUAAAUAAUUAGGGCAAUCCCAACACAUGUCUAGCUUUCACCUCCAAGAUCUAUUGAGUGAACAGAAUUGCAAAUAGUCUCUAUUUGUAAUUAAUCUUAUCCUAAAACAAAUAGUUUAUAAAUGUGAACUUAAACUCUAAUUCCAAUUGUACUUUUAAGGCAGUGGCUGUUUUUAGACUUUCUUAUCACUUGUAGUUAGUAAUGUACACCUACUCUAUCAGAGAAAAACAGGAAAGGCUUGAAAUACAAGCCAUUCUAAGGAAAUUAGGGAGUCAGUUGAAAUUCUAUUCUGAUCUUAUUCUGUGGUGUCUUUUGCAGCCCAGACAAAUGUGGUUACACACUUUUUAAGAAAUACAAUUCUGCAUUGUCAAGCUUAUGAAGGUUCCAAUCAGAUCUUUAUUGUUAUUCAAUUUGGAUCUUUCAGGGAUUUUUUUUUUUUAAUUAUUAUGGGACAAAGCACAUUUGUUGGAGGGGUGGGAGGGAGGAAGAAUUUUUAAAUGAGUAAAACAUUCCCAAGUUUGGAUCAGGGAGUUGGAAGUUUUCCGAAUAACCAGAACUAAGGGUGUAAAGGACCUGUAUUGGGGUCGAUGUGAUGCCUCUGCGAAGAACCUUAUGUGACAAAUGAGAAACAUUUUGAAGUUUGUGGUACGACAUUUAGAUUCCAGAGACAUCAGCAUGGCUCAAAGUGCAGCUCCGUUUGGCAGUGCAAUGGUAUAAAUUUCAAGCUGGAGAUGUCUAAUGGGUAUUUAAACAAUAAAUGUGCAGUUUUAACUAACAGGAUAUUUAAUGACAACCUUCUGGUUGGUAGGGACAUCUGUUUCUAAAUGUUUAUUAUGUACAAUACAGAAAAAGUUUUUAAUAAAAUUAAGCACUGUGAAACUGAAUUGGAAAGUGAUAAUACAAGUCCUUUAGUCUUACCCAGUGAAUCAUUCUGUUCCAUGUCUUUGGACAACCAUGACCUUGGACAAUCAUGAAAUAUGCAUCUCACUGGAUGCAAAGAAAACCAGAUGCAGCAUGAAUGGUACUGUACCGGUUCAUCUGGACUGCCCCAGAAAAAUAACUUCAAGCCAACAUCCUAUCAACAACAAGGUUGUUCUGCAUACCAAGCUCAGCACAGAAGAUGGGAACACUGGUGGAGGAUGGAAAGGCUCGCUUAAUCCAAAAAAUUCUGAGACUCUUAAUAAAUAAGACUGUAGUGUAGAUACUGAGUAAAUCCAUGCACCUGAACCUUUUGGAAAAUCUGCCGUGGGCCCUCCAGAUAGCUCAUUUCAUUAAGUUUUUCCCUCCAAGGUAGAAUUUGCAAGAGUGAUAGUGGAUUGCAUUUCUUUUGGGGAAGCUUUCUUUUGGUGGUUUUGUUUUUUAUUAUACCUUCUUAAGUUUUCAAUCAAGGUUUGCUUUUGUUUUGAGUUACGGGGGUCAUUUUUGUUUUAAAUAAAAAUAAGUGUACAAUAAGUGUUUUUGUGUUGAAAGCCUUUGUUAUCAAGAUUUUCAUACUUUUACCUUCCAUGGCUCUUUUUAAGAUUGAUACUUUUAAGGGGUGGCUGAUAUCCUGCAACACUGUACACACAAAAAAUAUGGUAAGGAUACUUCACAUGGUUAAGGUAAAGUAAGUCUCCAGUUGGCCACCAUUAGCUAUAAUGGCACUUUGUUUGUUUGUGUUGUUGGAAAAAGUCACAUUGCCAUUAAACUUUCCUUGUCUGUCUAGUUAAUAUUGUGAAGAAAAAUAAAGUACAGUGUGAGAUA